AGUAGAAAACGAGUUCACUCAGGUCUACAGCACCCAGUCAUCCAAUCACAACCUCCGAUGGAAAAGCGCCCUAUUCAGCCAUGUUGUGGUUUUGAAUGAGGAAGAAGCGGGAGAUAAUAUUUUUCAACGAGUUUAUUUGCUUUUUAAAGUCGCGUAUAUGAUAUAUAAACGAGUUAGGGUGUUACUCAAAAUGAUAACCGUUUUUCCGAACGCGUUGGUUGCGACUUGCCACAAUCCUGCUGGAAUUUAAACACACUUCCAUAAAUUAGCCGCGUCGUAGCAGCCUUAGCUAGCGAGGUAGUUAGCACAGUGUGCUAGCUAGGAAACCAGCUAAUUCUCAACUGUCUGGCGAACGGGCGCCGCGUUUCGUGGGGGUUUGUAAAAAUGAUAACGGCGAGCGUUAGCCUUUGAAAAAGCCCCAGCUAACCCACCUCAUUCGAAUGAAGCGCACUGGCUUCCUUCGCUUAGACUAUAUUGACAGGUAACGUUAGACUUGAAGUGGCUAACGUUACGGAGACUUCUCCCCGAACCUGCGGCGUUAUUUCUAAAAGUUUUGAGCCAUGUUGAAUCACAUCUACGAGUUGAUAGGAACUGGCAUUGCCCAUCUCCGCAACGGGGAACCAGCUGCGGGCGACUGCGGUGAACACCGGACGCCGGGCGAUGUUCCGUUGAGGAGGAAAAGAACAAUUGAAUGUGUGGAAGAUCGUCAUAACAGCGACCACGAUGGAUCAAUCGUAAAAAAAUCUCGAAUGGGAGAUUUUAUUGACAGCGUCAAGGUUGCGGCGGAAGGUGUUAAGAGUCACAGCUCCAGUGUGGCUUCAUGGAUGAGAAGCAGCGUGAGUCCUACUUUGAGCAACAUGCUGGCAACCUUUCCUGGUUCUCCACCUGGACAACGCCAGCCGCAGCCCUCAACAUCAGCGGCAGGAGUCUGGGCUGAGACGCCGCUUGCUGAAAGGAACUGUCUUAAUGAGACGUUUGCUGCCCCAUCGACAACUUUGGAGUGGAAAACCAAAUCGGAAUGGUCGCGCAAUGAGAGGCACGUUAUGGGAUCAAAAGUCUGCAGGCGACAAGUGUGCAUGAGUCCUGCACAUCGGAAAGUUGCAAAAGUAAACGGGCAUUCAGUCACCGUGCCACCCUCCAUCACCCCAAAGUUGCACCCGUCUCCACGGCUAGGCAGGCCGCUACACCUUCGGCCAAAUGCAACACAGAGUUAUAGCGGCGUGGCAAACAGCUCCUGCCCGAGUAUGUAUGAGAAAAUCUUUCCCAUUAAAGUGGUGCAGAGCCCAACUCACAGCAACUCAUCUGGGCAAAUGCACAACGCCAAGCCGCGCUGCACAGCACAGCAGUCUGUUUGUGAAGACGAGAAGGAGGUCUACAGGCAGCUUCUGGCCAUGGUCUCUGGGGGUCAGUCAUCUUCCCUUCACAACGGCAGCUCACACGCCAUUGUGAGGUCACACAGAGAUUUUACCAGCUUCCUGACUACCAGCCGCAGGCUGCUGCAGCUCUCCUCCCCUACCGGGUCAGCAGUAGGUGGAACCUCAGAGGGACCCAGCAGCCCCACAGGGACGUCCAGCCAGUGCCUCAGCAACCUCCCCAGCCCAGCUUGGAAUUCCAGUAGACCCGAGAUCCAGGCAUGGUCCCAGGACACAGGCUCCAGCAGAGCAGCUACACUCACAGCAGCUCCCUCCCCAUCAGCUCUUAUGGAUAACUCUUCUCAGGACACACAAUCAUCAGGUCAUUUUGUGCCUGUGUGUGGAAAUAUAGCUCAUGAUGGUGACUCUGUUAUUAUUAUUAGUGAGCAAAAGGGAAAAAAUGAAGGCCGCUCAAGUGUGCCAUGUUUCCAAGCAGAGUUAUGGAUCAAAGAAUUGACAAGUAUGUAUGACUCUCGGGCGAGAGAAAGACGGAGACAGAUUGACGAGCAGGUGGCUUUGGCUUCCCAGCUGCUGCAGCAGCGCCUGUCUGAGAAGUCCCAGCUCAGUCCAGAUGUGGAGGUCCAUGUUCGAGUUCCUUUGGAGAAAGAGGUUCCUUUGACUCUUGUGAUAGAAGAACAAAAGGCUUUAAAAGAGAAACCCGAAUUCCCCGAACUCACAGAGGAAAUGGAGGCUGAGGUGAACAGGGUGCUGAGAGGAGCUAACCAUGAAGUAUUAAGUGAAGGUUUUGGUCUCAGCCUGACACGCAAAGACCUGCAGACCCUCAGCAACCUUAACUGGCUCAAUGAUGAGGUGAUCAACUUUUAUAUGAACCUGCUGGUGGAGCGCAGCAAGGACCCCAGCUUGCCAUCAGUCAAUACGUUCAACACUUUUUUCUAUCCCAAGCUGCGCAGCAGCGGCUACUCUGCUGUCCGCCGCUGGACCAAAAAGAUGGACAUAUUUUCUAAAGACAUCCUGCUGGUCCCCGUCCACUUGGGGGUGCACUGGUGCCUCUCAGUGGUGGAUUUCCGCAAAAAGGCCGUGAUUUACUUUGAUUCCCUGGGGGGAAACAAUGAUGAAGCAUGCAGAAUAUUGUUUGAAUACCUGCAACAGGAAAGUAAGGACAAGAAGGGAAAAGUAAUGGAUACUACAGGCUGGAGUCUGCACAGCAAAAAGCGCAAUCAAAUCCCACAGCAAAUGAAUGGUAGCGACUGUGGAAUGUUCACAUGCAAAUAUGCCGAUUACUUUACCAAAGACAAGCCAAUCACAUUCACACAGAACCACAUGCCCUACUUCAGGAGGCGGAUGGUUUGGGAGAUUCUGCACCAUAAGCUGUUGUAACUUUGGGGGAGUCGCGCCGACUGCUCGGCUAAACACGACGGCAGCAUCCACUUCCAGCAGUCCUGCUCUGGGAAGAACUUGCACACCAGCUCAUCGGAUCAGGAACCAGCGCCGCCUCGUCAAUCAGGCUGUCAGCCGCUCGCAUCUGGACGUUGCUGCCUCCCGGGCCUCGACUGCCCUUUUGGGGGUUUCAUGCCGGUCAGCAGUGGAUGUUUUGUAUUGACUAGCCAGAACUGUUAUUAUAACUUAUAAACCAUACUCUGGGCUGCAAUGUUUGGUGCCGACGUACCAAGUUUACAUGGUUUUGUCUCGCAGGGAGAUGAGCGCAUUACGCUGCUUAAUUUUUUACGACAGUAAUUCUACUUUUUUGGUGUUGCUGUCAAUGUUUGAUACACUUGGUACGUUCAAUGGAAAAUAAACAUCUCCGUGAAAGCUGAAGUAUGAAUGGCUUCUAGACUAAAAAAUAGAAAUUUUCACAGAAAUUGUGUCUUAGUACUUGUGACACAAUUUGUUUUGAUUUACCUUUUAUUUCACCUAAAACAACUAUUUUUGUAAUUUGAUUAACAGUCCCAAAACCUCUUCAAGCAUUGCCUCAGAAUAUGUUUUCUAAAGGAAAUGGAAAGUCUUACGUUGCCACAUGCAUACGAGCAGGGUAAAAAUCAACAUGCGUUACUCUUGAUAAAAGAUUGUAAAUUAAGUCUAUUUUAUGUAUUUCAGAGUAUUUUGUUUUGCAGCAACUUUUGGGCAUAUUCAAUAUAUUUUUAACUUUGUACAUAGUAAAACAUAUACAGCCUCUUGAAUAGUGUAAUAUACUUUUUCUUUAUAGAAUUCCAGUUUUUUUUUAUAUAAAUUGAAGUCUGUUUUAGAAAUACAUUCCCUUGUAUUGUGACUGUUAUCUGUGUAUUACCUCAAAUCAAUUGAGUUUGAUAAACAUGAGAACCUGGAUGUG